AUAAUUGGGAGAAUAAUUUUGACAGUUAGAGAACGACUGUCAACUUCCACUGUAAUGCCUUCUUCUUCAGUUGGCAAAUUACACUUCAAUCUGAUUCCCAUUCUUCUGCAACUUCCAAUCUCAGUUACCCAUUCAUUCAUCUUCUUCUUCGCCAUCUCAUUCUCCAAUUUGGGCAACGGAUGAUGAAAUCCUGAGGAAGGAAAAUAGGUUAUGGCCGCCUUUUGAUUACGCCGCACGUUUCUGUUUUUUCUCUGCAUUAGCAUUUCAUAAUGAUAAAGGUAUCUUUCAUGGGAAUAAAAACAAGAUCGAUUUUGGACGAACAGCCUUCUGCCCAACUUUAAAGGUUGCGUGGGACAAUUCCCAUUUCGUUUUCCCCUGUCGUCGAAGGAAAUUAUAUGUUGAAAAGGGAUCAAAUUCACGAUUGCUUUCUGGGUUUGUACUUGCCUUCCCCGAUUGAUCUUUCGUUGAUACUUAUUUUGCAAGAUUUGUUUGGAGGAUAUUUUUUUUUUUCUUUCUGGGAUUCGUCUCUUGUGGCAGGGGAAUUGGAUUUAGGAACAUUUUAUCCAUGUUUUCGACUGGGAUUGUCUUGCUUUCUCUGGGAUUUCUUAAUUUUGAGUUUUAGAGUUGUGGAUUGAUGUGGGUGGUGAUUUGAUUGAGAUUCAUGUUUCUGUUGGUUGGUGGUUAAAUGGGCUAAUUUUAGAAUGAUUAAGUAGUAAGAAGUCAAUUUUUUUUUUUUUUCGUUUUUUGGUUUGUUCUUGAUUUUAAUGAGGUUUUGGAUGUGUAAGAUCCACUGUCCUUCAUCCUUUUGCCUCUGCCAACCUUCCCCUCAAAUAAAUACCACUGGAUCAGUACCACUGAAAUUGGAAAACUCACCACAUUUGCCUUCAGAAGUUGAGGCAGUCAUUGGAACUUCUGUUUCCAUUGUUGAUACCUUUGAAUUCAAGCAAGAGUGCAGAGAUGACAAAGAGCAGGAACCUGAGUAUGGAAUCAAGAGCAGUCUGAGGAAGACAAGUUUGAAGUUGGGUGCCCCGGAGGGGAAACAUGCGAAAAAAGUACAAUGGAUGGAUUUUUCAGGCAAAGAACUUGUUGAGAUCAGGGAAUUUGAACCUAGUGAGGGUGAAGAUACUGACUAUGAAGAUGAGGAUAACAGAAGCUGCAUCUGUACUAUUUUGUGAAAUUGCUCAAUAUUUUAUUCUCUCAAAUUUAGAAGGAAGAGGAAGUUGCUGAUGAAGGCCACUUAAUGUCCGUUACAAUCAUAUUCAUCCCUAAAAAUCUGUAUUGUGGUUGAAAGUUUAGAUUUAGCAUUCCUUGGUGCUUCAUUGUUUUCAUUUCUCACAUGAUAAUAUGUGAUAAGAAUGAGAUGCAAAAUACAUCUUUAUUUACCAAUAAUGUGCCACUAUUAUCUAAUUUAAUUAUUUUACUCAAAAAGUUGUCACU